AUGGCCACAAAUGAGACUCUUGCUUCUAGUCUCAGCUUCAUGACUGAUGCCGCUCAUCUCAUUGCACAAACGGCUCCAGAGACUUCGGCAUAUCUCAUGAGCCAGCGCAACGGCCUCAUGUUCCACAGCGACCUCCAGCAAACAGAUGCGCAACGACAGCGGGUCUGCGGCUCGUGUGGCCAUAUAAUGGUCUUGGGAUCGGGUGACCUUUUGAAGGUGGAAAGUGAUAAGACACUUCGUGCAAAGCGUAGUCGUCGCAGACGAGAGGACAAACCACCCAGCUCUUCCGAAGGCACAAAACACAAGAUUUUGACAUGUGCGAAUUGUGGCAGCUAUACCGAUAUCAACGUGCCAGCUGCUCCCAGCCUCUUGCGAAAUCGCAUCAAGCUGAGACAGGCGGCAAGAAAGAAGACAGAGCCACCAAAGAGAGAAAAUCUGCCAGUCACCCAUUUUCCACCGCCAGUUAUUACGGAACCUACCAGCAACGCGGUAUCGGCAAACGCAAGCAGCAAAAAGAGAGCAAAGAAUCGAAAGCAAGGACUGCAAGCGCUUCUUCAACAGUCGCAGUCGUCGUCCGCCAAGAGUGGGUUUGGUUUGAGCUUGACAGAUUUCAUGAAGAAAUAA